AUGUCGGCAGCUCCGCCCCGGGGUACGGGGUGGUGGGCGGUGGUGUUGCCCCGCAAGGCCAACGCCGGCGAUGGCGAAGGCGACGACGGCGCGGAGAGCGAGGACGUGGCCGGGAGGGAGGAGGGAGUGGUGGCGGUGGAUGACGACAGCGGCGGCGACGAAGACGAAGACGACGACGACAACGACGAGAAGGAGGCCGAUCGGAGCGGGCUGCUGUCGGCAGCGGCGGGCGAUGGCGCUGGAGACCCCGGCGACGGGGCGUGGGGCGGGGCCGCCUCGUCGGGCUUGGCCCUCAGGGCUUCGCCUGCGGGGGGUAAAGUGGGUGUAAAGUGA